AAGGUGGUGUUCACUAAAAAAAAAAAAAAGAGAGAAGGUGAAGAAAAUAAAUUGAAAAUUAUCAUUUCUAAAAAAAUAUUUGUUAAACAUACGAAAAAAUAUAAAUAUUUAUAUUAAAUUAAUUAUUUUUAUGAAAGGAUUGGGAUAAUUCGAUAUAUACUUAUUAUAUGUAUUAAUUUUUAAAUUUAAAUCCACUUCAAACAUAAUUAUAUAUUGUCAAAAUUAAUUUUAUUGGAUUCAAUUGGAGCAAAUAUUUGAAGGUCUCCCCAGUGACCCCACAAUGGCCCCCACCUUGCCCGUUUCCUCAUCCUUUCCAUCUGACACGUGUCGCCUUGUCAUGAGAAAUCUGACCUUUUUUAAAAUCUUAUCAUCAAUCAUAAAAUAAAUUAACUUUUUAUUCAAUUACGAAUUUUAUGGUAACAAAACAGGUGGACUCUAUUAGGACAUGCGUACAUUACAUCUGCAAUCUGCAUGCAUGCGUGGCUGUGUCGACGCAUCAAAUCUUCAAAUCGCAUUUUGGUCGAUGUUAGCUCUUAUUCUUCUUCUUUAUUUGCUUUCUCUCUCGAUCAUUCGAUAUGGAUCCAGUGAACGCUUGGGGCAAUUCUCCCCUACACACUGUGGACCCAGAAAUCCAUGACUUCAUCGAGAAGGAAAAGCUCCGUCUAUCCACCGGAAUCGAGCUCGUCGCCUCCGACAACUUCACCUCCUUCGCUGUCAUUGAGGCCCUUGGCAGUCCCCUCACCUGCGUUGGUGGCUUGUUUGAGGAUAUCCACAACCUCUGCCGCUCCCGGGCUCUUCAAGCUUUCCGUCUCGAUCCCACCAAAUGGGGCGUUAAUGUCCAGCCUUACUCCGGUUCUCCGGCUAAUUUCGCAGCCUACACUGCCGUUCUUCAGCCCCACGACAGGAUCAUGGGGUUGGACCUUACUUCCGGUGGUCAUUUGACUCAUGGCUACUAUACACCUGAUGGCAAGAAGAUCUCCGCUACCUCGAUUUACUUUGAGAGCUUGCCUUACAUGGUUAACUCUCAAACUGGGUAUAUUGAUUAUGAUAAACUUGAGGAGAAAGCAUUAGAUUUUAGGCCCAAGUUGAUCUUAUGUGGUGGCUGUGCUUACCCGAGGGAAUGGGAUUACGCUAGGUUCAGAUCUGUUGCGGACAAGUGUGGUGCGCUAUUGCUUUGCGAUAUGGCUCACGACAGUGGUCUCAUUGCUGCUGAGGAAGCUGGCAACCCCUUUGAGUACUGUGAUAUCGUCACAACCAACACCCACAAAACCUUGAGGGGUCCAAGGGCUGGUAUGAUAUUCUACCGGAAGGGCCCUAAACCAGGCAAGAAGGGACAGCCAGAAGAUGCAGUUUAUGACUUGGAAGACAAGAUAAACUUCACAGUUUGCCCCACUCUUCAGGGUGCUCCCCACAAUAACAAUAUUGGUGCACUGGCUGUUGCAUUGAAACAGGUCAUGUCCCCUGGGUUCAAGGCUUAUGCCAAACAAGUCAAGGCAAAUGCAGUUGCCCUUGGAAACUACUUGAUGAGCAAGGGAUACAAGCUAGCCACUGGAGGAACUGACAACCACCUUGUCCUAUGGGAUCUUCGACCUCUUGGAUUGACUGGCAACGAAGUUGAAGAGCUGUUUUACCUUUGCAACAUCAUUGUAAACAAACAUCCUGUGUUUGGUGACAGCAACCCUUUGGCUCCUGGAGGUGUCAGAAUUGGUACUCCGGCCAUGACUUCAAGAGGUUUGGUUGAGGCGGACUUUGAGCAAAUUGGCGAAUUCCUCCACCGUGCUUUAACCAUCAUUCUGAGCAGUGACAAGCAACAUGGAGAGCUCUCAAAGGACUUUAACAUUUUGAGCAUUGAGAAGGAACAUGACGAGGUAUUGAAGGACUUGAACAAGGAGAUUGAGCCCCUCAAGGCUGAUGUUGAGAAGUUUGCUUCCUCCUUCGACAUGCCUGGUUUCCUCAUGUCCGAAAUGAAGUACAAGAAUUAGGUCUUACACUUUUGCAUUAUUUA